AUGGCCAUACCGAGACCAUCUCGGACCUGCAAGGCCGUCAGCGUCCCCCUAAACGCACCGACAAUGCCCGAGAAGACCAAAGGCGUCAAAGGGCGGAAAAGCCACGGCAAACGGCCGGCCAAGUCCAAGGCGUCAUCCCCGAAUGAGAAACAGCAUCUCGCAGCCAUGGCAGGCCAGUUGGACACUCCUCUCCCUGGUGCCGUGCCCGGCACAGCCGACAGCGACGAGGGCGUUAUCUCGGAAGGAAACCUCGGGCGCGGUGAUGGCCAGAACAAGACAACGGCCCAGAUUCGCCUCGACGCAUGGAAUGAUGGCCUGCUGGACGGGUUCCUUAACCCCGGGACCCAGGAUGGUGUCUGCGAGGGCUUUACCACCUUGCAUCGCUGCAUUUCCAACUUUGCCAGGUCCAUGACCGAAGCUGUAGAUUAA